AUGUCGAUGACCUCAUUUUCUGCAUUGGAAUUUUACGCUAAAUCGAGUGGCGGCUUUCGCGUUCCCUGGCUCCUCUUGUCAUUUUCUGAAUCAGAAUUUGACGCUAAUUCGAAUGGUGGUAGUCUUGUCGCCAGCCGUUGCUUUGUUCGGGAGCUACGGUUGGGUGAAAAUUUGGCGAGGAGGGUGAAAUCCAAAAAAAUGUCGAGAAAGUCAUUUUCUGAAUCAAAAUUUGACGCUGAUUGGAAUGGUGGUAAUCUUGUCGCCAGCCGUUGCUUUGGUCCGGAGCUAUGGUUGGGUGAAAAUUUGGCGAGAAAGGUGAAAUCCCAAAAAAUGUCGAGAAAGUCAUUUGCGGAAUGA